CUCCUUUCUAAAAAAUACCAUUUCACACGCAUUGCUAUAGCCGGAAAAUUAAUUUCAGAGCAGGAGGCUGCUGUUCCCUAAAUGUGAAAAUCAACUAACUGUUACCCUUAUAAUAAAUAUUUUAAUAUUUAAAUGUAGACGGUUGGCAGGAAUUUGGGACUAUUGUUUGGAACGAGAAAGAGAGAGCGCUUGUGAGAAAGAGGGAGCAAUACAUAAACGAAAAAAAGAAGCUUAACCAUUAUUUUAUCAAGCAGCCACUGCCACUGAAAGGCGCCAACAACAGCAACAACAUCGCACACACACACACACACCACACAUACCAACACCAAGAAACUAAGAACGAAGCACGCUUGAAAAAAAAGAAUAACGAAAGAAAGAAAAGAAGUAGGGAGAGGAGGAGGACGUAAAAGAACAGAACAGAAAAAUAGCUGUCUGGCAGGAGGAGUAAAAGAGUGGUGAGAUGUCUCAGCUUGGAGGCACUGAAGCAUUGGCCUUGGAACUGGCCCAGGCUGUAGAUAUGAUCAUGCAACCGACGACCACACAGCAGGCCCGCCUGGAAGCCUAUAUGGCCUGUGAGCGGUUUAAGGAGGAAUCGCCACUUUGCGCUCAAGUCGGCCUCUAUUUGGCCAGUUCGCCCCAGUUCAAUCAGCAGGCCCAUCAUUUUGGUUUGCAAUUGAUGGAGUAUACGAUUAAAUUCAAAUGGAAUCAAAUCACUCACGAGGAGAAGGUCUUCAUCAAGGAUAAUGCCAUUAAAAUGCUUAAUUUGGGCGUCGGUCCUGCGGAAGAUAAGCGACUGUUGCACCUAAAGGAUGCCCUGUCGCGCAUCAUUGUCGAGAUGAUAAAGCGCGAAUGGCCCCAGCAAUGGUCCGAUCUGAUGCCUGAACUAAGCCAAGCCUGCAAUCAGGGGGAGGCCCAAACGGAGCUGGUCCUUUUGGUGUUUCUCCGACUGGUCGAGGAUGUGGCCCUGCUACAAACGAUUGAAUCGAAUCAACGGCGCAAGGAUAUGUAUCAGGCUCUAAAUAACAACAUGAAUGAUAUAUUCGAAUUCUUUUUGCGCCUCGUCGAGCAGCAUGUGACCGCUUUCCGUGAGACUACCAGCCGGGCCAAUUUUCAGCAGGCCAAAGCCCAUUCGCGUGUUGUGGAAAUGGCACUACUGACCCUAAGUGGAUUUGUGGAAUGGGUUAGCAUACAACACAUUAUGUCCAGCAAUGGUAAAUUGUUGCACUUCCUCUGCAUCCUACUAAACGACAAGGCAUUCCAAUGCAAUGCGGCCGAGUGCCUGGGACUGAUUACGAAUCGCAAGGGUCAGGUCAAGGAACGUAAGCCGCUAAUGCAAUUGUAUCAGGAGGAAUUGAUGCGUUUAAUCUACUCGUCGGCCAUGAGCAGUUGCAGCCAAUCGCCUGCUGAUGUAUCUGGAGCUGGAACACCACCAACGGAGACUUCGAUUGAGCAGGAGCAUAAUUUCCUAAAGAAACUGAAUCAAGUUUUAAAUGGAAUGGUGCAGCAAUUGGUUGCAUUGUGGGGCAAAGAUGAAACUAUCCAGCGUCCGGCCCAUUUAGAGAUUCUGCUCGAGUGUCUACUGCAACUGGUGCAGCAUCCAUCUCUAUCGGUGGCCCAUGGGGCGGCACUUAUCUGGCAGCUGCUGCUCAAGCAUGAGAAUUCAUCAAAGGACUAUGCCCUGGUCACCUACAUUCCCAAGCUCAUACACACCAUAGCGCCAAGAAUUGUGAAAUUGCCUUAUCCCACCAAUUGCCCUGCAGCUUCUAACAGUAGCCGACGUCCCACAGAGUACUACAUAAUCUUGGAAUUUGAUAGCGAAGAGGAGUUCGCUUUGUUCUUCUUUCGCUGUCGCACCGAUUUUCUGGAGAUCUUUCGUCUGGCCACUCUGGUCCAGCCUCUGAUAACGUAUGGCUAUUGCGAGCAGUGGCUGCAGACCCGUCUCCGUUUGGCUGCCGUAGAGCAGCAGGCCAGCAACGGCUCAUCGAUGUCCUGUAGUGUUCUGGAUCCCAUUUACUUGGAAUGGGAUGCAUUGGUCUGUGUGCUGGAUGGUGUCCUCAGUCGCAUCCUACUGGUGGCCGAACGGCCAUCGGUAACGGCAGGUUUGCGCCUCCUUGAAGACUGCAUCAAACUGGAGACAACAAAUCCGUUGAUCUAUUCCAUCCUCCUGUCAUGCAUUUCGGCCCUGUUCGUCUUCCUUAGCAUGUCGUCCUGCCAGUUGACACCAAACAAUUGUGUGGCCAUGAGUGGAGUUAAUUUACUUCCACGCGUCUUGGACAAAAUCUUUCGGGCAUUGGUACUCAAGCCACCCAACGAACUGGAGAAGGUGCAACAGAAGUCGGCCAAGAACUUAAGGCGUCAUGCCGCCUCGCUGCUGGUUAAACUGGCCCACAAGUAUCCACUGCUGCUGCUGCCCGUGUUCGAGCAAAUCAAUGGUCAUGUGGAGAUGCUGCUCAAGGAUCAACAACAUUCGCACCAGCUGUGCCGGCUGGUUAGCACCACCUUGCAGGAGUCCCUCAUCUUGAUAUCGAAUCAUUUCUGUGAUUUUGAGCGGCAAACUUUGUUCAUUGAGCAUAUCAUACAGGAAAAGCGGGCGGAAUGGGCGGCAUUCGGAGAGGUGCUAAAGACACCAUUGAACUUCAUACGUUUUGUGGGAUUGGACAAAUCGCCGGAGAUAAUGCUGCCUGAGAUGGAUCCAUGCCUGCAGAAUCGUUCCCGACUCCUAGAUGCAUUGCAUGUGGUCUUGGGUGUGGUAAAACGUUGCACAUGGCCCGAUGAUCCCGAUAGGGCUCAACGCGGUGGCUUCGUCAUUGGAUGCACGGAACUGGGUAAUCCCAUAUGCCGAAAUCCGGCGACCAAGCAUGUGGUGCCAUUGCUCUCCCACAUACUCGCCCUCAUGCGCGUGCUCAACGAGAUGUUCACGCCAAGAGCCUCAGCGGCCCUGUCCGAGGGCUAUAAGAAAAUCCAUGGCAUGAUGGAACAUGAGAAGAAGCUGCUAAUGGGCAUUUGUGCCAUACCCGCUGAUCCCCUGGAUACGACUAUUAAGGCGGAACCCACACCAUUCGAGAAGACGCAAACAUUCCUGCUGCUCCUUGUCGAGGGUUGUUAUCAUUUGAUGGGUUCGGCGGGUCCAUCGCUCGGGCGAGAUCUUUACCAGCUGAUGGGUCUAUCGGAUGCUAUAAUAACGAAUAUAUUCAGCUGCCUGGAUAUUGUGCCCGACUAUCGGAUGAGGCCCAUAAUCCGGGUGUUCUUCAAACCCUUUGUAUACUCCUGCCCACCCAGUUUCUAUGGAUCAGUUCUGGUUCCCCUUUUUGCACAUCUCACGCCAUUGAUGUGUGAACGUUUGUCGCGCCGCUGGCUGUAUAUAUCGUCGCUAUACGAGAGUGGCCAACUGAAUGGUGAGGUCAAUGACACCCAGGAAGUGCUCGAGGAUCAGCUGAAUCGCACAUUGACCCGCGAAUAUUUGGAUGUCCUGAAGAUUGCCCUGGUUGGCGGUCAAAUUGGAGCCGAUCAUUCGACAACAGCCAAUGCAAUGGCCAUGGAGAACGAGGAGCAUUCAAUGGACAGUGCUCCGCAGUCACGGGCGGCCCAAUCGGCUCUACUCUCGGACAUCAUCUCGGAUCUGGGCGGCAAACUGUUGAGGAACGAACAAAUCGGUAACUAUAUACUAUUAACACUGCUCCGGGCCAUUGCCUGGAACGAUGGCAUGUGCAACAUGAAGGCCGUGAAUAUAGCAGCUCCAGUGAUGCGUUUCCUGGCCGCCGAACCGCAUCUCAUUGAUGAGAAUAAGGCGGUGAGUGCCUUUACUGCCGUUCUGCAGGGCAUGCAAGUUCAUGGCCAGCAUGAGGCAAAUCAAUCGGGUCUCAUCACUCUCGGUGUCCAAUUCUAUGAGCUACUGCGUCCCAAAUUUCCCAUACUCACCGAGGUGCUGCAGCACAUUCCCAGCGUGAAUGCUGCCGAUAUACAGAAAUUCGAUGAGAAAAUCGCCGUGGCUCCGGUCAAGGGCAACAAAGUCGAUCGGGCCAAAAAGGAUCUGUUCAAGAAGCUAACUGCCCAGCUAGUGGGACGUAGUGUCAAUCAGCUGUUCCGCCACGAAGUCCAAAUUGCCAAUUUACCGCCCAUGCAAACGCACAACAAAACGCUAAUUGGAGCUGUGGAUGGGAACAUAAUGGAUAGCAAUCAGAAUGCCAAUCUCGCCCAGCUAUUUCGCACGGACAAGUGACACGGACACCAGCAGCCGCAUCCGCAUCCGCAGCAGCAGCAGCAGCAACCACCACAGAGGAGGCAGAGGAGGCUACCCUGAUGGCGACGACUGAACUUAAAAAACUGAAAACUAGAACCAACUACAAAAAAAAAAAGAAAAAAAGAAG